GAAAUCAGGUUUCUUUGUGUAGCAGGCACCGGUUGUUACGCUGCUUCAACCGGUCUGUGUCUAACGAUGCGGUUGUUAGGCUGCUUCAAACCGGUCUGUAUCAACUGCAUCUACAGUCUUGUCGUGCUACGUCCGCUAUCGAUCAUUCGAUGCAUAUCUCCUUCUCAGUAAAAUUAUAGGAACAAAAAGGACGCAUUUUCUUUUCUUUUUUUUUUGUCUCUCAGGAGUACUUCGACAAGUGAAGCUCGUGGAUAGCAUUGCCUUGCUUCGUCGUAGUUGACAGUUGACACCUAUACUCCUACGUGCCGACUCGAGUCCCCGUCCAGGCGUCUAUGGAAAGUGAUCAGUCAUCGCUCACAUGCGAUCGCGGCCGUCAGCGUCAUGGCCCCCGUCCCUGCCGGCCUCAACUCGGCGCAGGUGCGACCCCUCACAGUCACAUAAAGACGUCAGGUUCCCCACCCCCGAAAAGUUUUUACCUUUCCUCCCGUCUCCGUCUCCUCGCUGGCUCGCUAUGCUGGCCGCCUCCACCGCGCCUCUCCGUCACUCCCCCAACGCCAUGAGUCUGUAACGGCACACGUACCAUGGGCAGGACCAGAGGCAACAGGGGCGUGGGCGGCGCGAAGUCGUUCCCGUCGCCGGCGUCGUCCUCGGCCUCGUCGUCGGAGUUCGAGUUCACGGUCACGCUGUCGCCGGCGUCCAAGCAGCGGUCGGCGGAGCAGCUGUGCCCGGCCGACGAGCUCUUCUACAAGGGCCAGCUCCUGCCGCUGCAGCUAUCGCCGCGCAUCUCCAUGGUGCGCACGCUGCUGCUGUCCUCGGCGUCCACGUCGUCCGCCUCCGCGUCCGACUCCACCAACUCCUCCUCCCGCGACUCCAACGGCAGCACGUCGUCGUCCUUCUCCGCCGACUGCGGCGCGCUCCUGGGCCCGGACUCGGCGGCCUCGUCGUCUCGCCCCAGCUCCGCCACCGAGGACGACCGCCACCUGCAUCCGCCGUCGGCCGCCGCGGGGCUGCUGCCACCCGCCAAGCGCACCGGGAAGCAGUACCUCUCGUCCUUCGCCACGCGCUUCUCCUCGGUCUUCCACCGCGGCGGCGCCGGCGCUCCGGCCGCGAAGAAGCAGCCGUCCAAGUCGCUCGCCAAGGAGGUGAUCAAGAAGUACGCUAAGAAGGUGAAACCGCUCUACGAAAGGCUCUCCCAGAUCCCCAACAAGAACCAGAACAACGUCGUCAACGGCAACAGCCAACCGCAGCAGAGGUUCAAGAAGCCCUUCACCUUCUCCAUCCGCAAGAAAAAGGGCGACGCCGUCGCGGCAGUGGUGGAGGCGGCAGCAGAGGUUGGCGGCAACAAGUACGCGCACUCCAGCUCCUUCUCCGGAAACCUCUGGUUCCCGCGCCAGAAGCGGGCCACGGCGAGCUGCCCGUCAUCGAUGCAGUCGUCGCCUAGCCACUCGGGUCUGCUCACCUUUGGCGGGGCUGGCGGCGUGGGCUUCCCCGACGUGCCGGCCGUUGCCAGCGGCAUUGGCGUCGGUCCGGUGUCGUUGUCCACGGCAUCGUCCAUGGAGGAGCUCCAGAGCGCUAUCGAGGGCGCCAUUGCGCACUGCAAGAACACGAUGGGCGGAACCGUGUCGGUCAAGGCGGCGGCGGCGGCCGCCGACGAGAUCUGCACGUUCUGAGCGCGACCACGCUAGGAUUCCGGGGGGAGCUAAGUAAAGCAGGCUGUUUUAAUCGGUAGCAGUACUUAUCUGUUAUUAGCAAAUUUAAUUUCGUCCGUCUCCUUUUUUUUUUUUGGGUAAGACUCUAUGGUCAUGGUCGUAAAUAGGGGUAGUUCGGAGGGGGUUAAGAUGAUAGUCGGAGCCUUUUUCGAUCUCUCCUUAUCCUUCCUUGGUUUGGAAAUUUGCAUUAGCGCCCUCUAAAUUGUAGCUCUAAUUGCAUUAGCACCCACGGCUACACCACUGAACAAAAUGUUGGGGCAACCUUAACACAGUACUACAUAAAAUUCACAAAACAGCCUCAAGCGUUCAUCUUAAUUUGAUGCUAGCUUCCAAUGCAUUGCAAAGCUCCGUAGUAGUUCAUGUAAAAGCUGGGGGAUCUGGGACUCUGAUGUGGCAGUAGGUGGUAUCGAUUUUAUUUUUAUUUUUAUAUUUUUGCUGUGAGUUUAAUAAUAUAAUAAUACUAUAAGCUAACGCUAGUAGUAUAGUUUGGCUUUAAACCUGUGGUACUUGGCAUGAUUGAUUGCUUCAAAAAGUUCGCCUUGUCUGCUCUCCGCGCCGCUCAAUGUAUUCGUUUUGUUUGCUUCAAAAAAAGGAAGGCUUCUUUAUUCUUGCUCGCUGUGACCGAGGAAAGGAAAAGAAAGGGGUCGAGCUUUUGUUUAUUGGAUUGAUGACUUGUGUGUUUUGGUAAACUGCAUCUCAUAUAUAUAAAA